AAUUGUUAAAAAGAAGUUAGUACAUAUUUUAGUUCAUUUCCGAGUUAGCAAGUGAAUAAGCGUGAAUGAAAAGUGUAUUAACGUUUGUUUUUAAAUAAUUUGGGAAAAAAUAUGUUACAUAAUUUAACAAAAAUGAAAUAAACUUAAAUUUAAUAUUAAAAAAAAAGCAAAUAUUAAAGACAUAUUAAAAGAAAAUUAUUUAAAUAAUUUCAUUAUUUUAAUAUCAAGUUUAAAAUUGUGCCUUUAAACUGCCAUAAUGGAUAAAAUAGAGGAGCUUUUUGAUAAAUUUUUAGGAAGAAGGGGUUCGCGUGUCAGUACUAUUAAUGAUUGGCUACAAAUCAAAAUCGGUGGCGAUGAGGAGGUGAAAAAGAAAAAGAGAAAACAAAAAUUGAAUCGCAUAAAAUCGACAAAAUACACAUUCAUCACAUUUCUGCCGCAAAAUCUACUGGAACAAUUUCGGCGAAUAGCGAAUUUUUAUUUUUUAGUCAUGACCAUUAUAUCGCUAUUAAUUGACAGUCCAGUAUCACCAAUGACAUCACUACUACCAUUAGUAUUUGUAAUAGCUGUGACGGCUGCCAAACAAGGUUAUGAAGACUUUUUGCGCUAUAAAACCGAUAAUAUAGUCAAUUGUUCGCCAGUAACCGUUAUACGUAACGGUGUGGAGGAACAUAUACAAUCGCAAUAUGUAGCCCCUGGAGACUUAGUGUUAGUGGAAAGAGAUUGUGAUGUACCCUGUGAUUUGGUAUUAAUACGUUCCUCAGAUCCUCAUGGGAAAUGUUUUAUAACCACCGCCAAUUUAGAUGGUGAAUCCAAUUUAAAGACUUUAAUGGUUCCCCGAGAUCUUCCCCUUGUAGAUCUGGAUAAAAUGCAUAAAUUGGGUGUUAUAGAGUGUGAAAGUCCCAAGACUGAUUUAUAUAGUUUUAAUGGUAAAAUUGAGUUGGCCGGUUCGGAGGGUAAAGUAUUACCCUUAACAGCCGAGAAUGUACUACUAAGAGGUUCGAGAGUAAAAAAUACCGAAUGUGUUAUAGGCUGUGCUGUUUACACGGGCAUGACCACUAAAUUACAAUUAAAUUCCCGCCUAACACGCAAUAAAUCUGCUUCCAGUGAAGUAUACAUCAAUCGCUUUUUAAUCUUCAUUUUAGUGGUACUCAUAGUCAUUGUCACCGUUUUAUAUUUCCUUAAAAGAUACGAUGAAAUGUUUGUCAUACCUCAUCUGGCCUAUUUGGGUCCACCGGCCGAUAGUUAUAGUGUUAAACAAUUUCUUCAGGAUUAUUUAUCAUUUUUGAUAUUAUUCAAUUAUUUGAUACCCAUUUCCCUGUAUGUAACCAUUGAAAUGCAUCGUGUUUUGGGCGGCCUAUUUAUGGAAUGGGAUACUCAACUAUACGAUGAGGCUACCGAUCAACCUUGUAUUGUUAAUACUUCAAAUUUAAAUGAAGAAUUGGGUCAAAUCAAUAUAUUAUUUUCGGAUAAAACCGGUACUUUGACCAAAAACGAAAUGAUAUUUCAGCAGUGUUCGAUAGCGGGACGGAAGUAUUUGUAUAAAAAGACGCGUCUGCAGGAGGAGGGUCAAACGUUUGAGGUGGACAUUAAUAAGUUUAAUAAAGAUCAGAAAAACUUCUUCCAAGCUUUAACCAUUUGCCAUACGGUGCAAGUGGCUGGUGAUAUGAACAGCAAUAAUGGUGAUAAACAAAUAAAUGGCACAGAGGCUGAAGUAAAAACUCCAAAUGCUGCACCUACUACAGGUGCCAGUGCACUAUCGAAAAUGUAUUCGAUAUCGGACAUAACCGAAGAAAGUCAUAAUUCUAGUCAACAAAGUGAUGUCAAUGCUAUGGAGACAUCACUAUCCACAGAUCCUAAUGGUAGUCCUAGUGUUAAGAACUCAAUACAAGUGACUUCGGAUGUUAAUCCUUUAUUGGAUGAAAAGGUCGAAAGACGUAAAAGGCCACAGAUUGUUAAAAGAAGUCCUAAUUUUACGCGUACAAAUACAAGAGUACACCCGAUGUCAAUGCCUCCGCAGGGUAUGGAAAUGGUUAAUGGUGUUGGUGUGUCAGGAGGUGAUGGUGUCGAAGGGAGGCAAGUUAUGUUUCCCACCUCCUUGCAAAGUAUACCCACGGGUAGACCUUUGUCUAUGCAAUUUAAACGUUCUACCUCAGAAAUGGAUUUACCAGAAUAUGGUGGUGCUAACGGUGGAGGCGGUGCCAUGGGGGGCGUGGGUGCUUUGGGUCAUCGUAGAUCUCAAUCGUAUGGAGCUCCUGGUGCUUAUAUUACUCAGACAGCUAAUACCCCAGGAGUUGUUUAUCGCACUAGCAGUACAGCAUCCAGAGAAUCUUAUGCUGCCCCCAAUUUCCAAAGACAACCCACCAUACUUAUUAGAGCAGAGUCAAUGAGAAGGAAAAAUGAAAUCGAGCAAGUUGUACACACCUUAGAUUAUCAAGCUUCCAGUCCCGAUGAGAAGGCCCUGGUCGAGGCCUGUGCCCAUUUGGGCCUUGUCUAUAUAGGUGAUGAUGAUGAGGUGUUAAAAAUUCGCGUCACUCCGCCCCACAUGGACUACUCGCGACCCUUCAGUGUGGGAAAGGUAAACGAAAUGAAUUUCGAUCGCCUGCACGUCUUGGAAUUCACUUCCGAUCGCAAACGAAUGAGUGUUAUAAUUAAGGAUGAAAAUGGUACUAAAUGGAUUUAUACAAAAGGUGCUGAAAGUUAUGUCUUUCCUUUGUGCAGCAAUAACUCUAGAGAUUUGGUGGCUAAAACCGAUACUCAUAUCAGUGAUUUUGCACGUUUGGGUCUUAGGACACUGGCUAUAGCGAGGCGUAAGAUUGGCGAUGAAGAGUAUAGAGAAUUUUUAGCAGAGCUAAAUGAAGCUAAUAGUUCGUUGGAGAAUCGUAAGGAGUUGAGUGAGAAGUGUUAUGCGAAGAUAGAGAGCAAUUUAGAUUUAUUGGGAGCCACCGCUGUUGAGGAUGCCCUGCAGGACGAAGUGGCCGAUACUUUAAUAUCCCUACAAAAAGCCGGUAUUAAAAUCUGGGUCUUGACUGGAGACAAAGUUGAAACUGCUCUUAACAUAGCGCUCUCUUGUGGUCAUAUACCCCAAAAUGCCUUCAAAUACUUCAUCAUUGAAUGUUCACGUAAAGAAGACAUGUUGACACAUUUGAACUCUCUCGAUCGGGAAAUAAUUUUCGGCAUGGGUCGUGAAUGUGCUCUACUUAUCGAUGGUAAAAGUUUAGCUGUAGCUUUGUCUGAGACACCCAAUGAAUUUCGUGAUGUGGCCAUUAAAUGUACAGCGGUAUUAUGUUGUCGCUUAAGUCCUUUGCAAAAAAGUGAAGUGGUAUCGUUGAUCAAGACAGCACCUCAGAAUUAUAAUACUGCUGCCAUAGGUGAUGGUGCCAAUGAUGUUAGCAUGAUACAAGAGGCUCAUGUGGGUAUUGGUAUAAUGGGUAAAGAGGGUCGCCAGGCAGCACGUUGUGCUGAUUUUGCUUUUGCCAAAUUUUGUAUGUUAAAAAGACUAUUGCUGGUUCAUGGUCAUUAUCAUACGACACGUCUAUCGUUUCUGGUUUUGUUUUUCUAUAAAAACAUAUUCUUUAUGGGUAUUAUGUUCCUAUUCCAAUUUCAUACGCUAUUCUCCUCCUCGUCGGUCUAUGAUUCUUUGUUCUUGACUCUAUAUAAUGUGAUAUAUACUUCGUUGCCGAUUUUCUUUAUAUCUCUAACGGAGAAAACCUAUACGGAGGAGACGUUGAUGAGGGAACCUGAGCUAUACAAGAAAAACACCAAUAAUAAACAAUUACAGUGGCCCUAUUUCCUGGCUUGGAUCCUUUAUGCUGUAUAUCAUACCUUGAUCUGUUUCUAUUUUGCCUUCUUUGUUUUCUCUACCAAUGAUGUUAUACUUAAUGUGGGACAAACGGCUGAGUUUUCUUGCUUUGGCACUCUGCUGAUCCAACUAGUGGUGAUAGUGGGAAAUUUGAAAUUAUGGCUAGAAUCCAAAUAUCUGAGCUAUUGGUAUAUAGUCACUAUUAUUGGAUCAAUAUUGGCAUUUAUGAUUACCACUGUUGUUUACAAUGUUAUAGAUUUCCACUACGACACCGAUAUCUAUUGGGCCUAUAAUAAACUUUUGAGCUCUAUACCCGUUUGGCUGUUUUGUAUUGUUACCACUGUGGCCUGUUUGCUGCCCGAUUUUACCAUCCGUAUGGCCAAGAGAGGCUUAAAUCUUCCCCAACGUAGAUUCUUUCCGGGCAAAGAACGUUUACGUUUAUUGCAAUUGAGACGUAAAGUGGAAUCAACCCAUUUAUAGGGUUUAAGAGAGAGAGAGAGAGAGAGAGAGAGGUAGAGUGUGUAAUGAAAGUAAAGUCGUAAAGUAUUGCUUUAAGAAAGUAUUGAAUUUUAACUGUUAUUUAGGUUUAAGUUAUUUUUUUUGUAUUAUUUAUAGUUAAAAUACGAUAAGUUGUUUGUA